AUGUCAUCGACUACUACCGAAAAUGUAGAUGGCAUCCAGUUCGAUCGCAAUGAUUUUUUAGGGGAAGGUAAAUAUGGUAAAGUGUAUCAAGGUACUUAUAAAGGUCAACGUAUAGCAGUCAAGCGAAUUGUGAAGAGUGAAGUUCAAAAACAUGACAACGAGUUAAUCAUUCUGCAGCGGUUAGACCAUCCCAAUAUAGUUAAAUUUGUCCAUUUCGCAAGCGAUAAAGACUUCAAUUACUUUGCUUUAGAAUUGUGCGACGCCUCAUUGGAUCAGGUGUUCCUGGAUCAGGAUAACCCUCGGAAAUAUAAAGGAUCUGCAUUACCAAACAAUUUCGAGGUGUUCUUCCAGUUAGCUUCUGGCCUCAAAUACAUUCAUUCACAAAAUCUAAUCCACCGGGACAUUAAACCGGAUAACAUUCUCAUUUCUGUAAAACCUACAGACAAAGGUGAAGAGAUAACGAUCAAGUGGGCUGAUUUUGGAUUUUCACGAGGAGUAAGUGCACGAGGAACAUUUACAAUGAGUGGAAUCAAAGGGACUCAACUUUGGUUCUCUCCCGAAGUGGUGGAAAUUAUAGGCAGAGACGUACGCGUUGAAAAAACUAAAAGCUCCACCAAAAGCGAUGUUUACGCAGAAGGCCUCGUAUUCGGUUAUAUUCUCUUAAAAGGAAGACAUAUUUACGGUGAAAAUGAGAAAGAAAUUCUGAAUAACAUGAUGGAAAACACAUUAGUCAAUAUGAGUGAUAUUCACCAGAAACAUUUAGCACGCAACUUAAUAGAACAAAUGCUGACCAAGACACCUGAUACAAGAAUAACAUCUGAAGACGUUGUUAAUCAACUUCAAUCCAUCAAAAUUAAACUAAGCGCAGAAGAAAAACACCUGAAUCGGUUGUGCACAGAUUCCUGCCCAACAACAGAUUUUAGGAAUAACAUCGAAACUUUAAUGCAACUCGGCAUCGACCUUAACGCAAAGAAUAACGAUGGAUGGAAUGCGCUUCAUAUUUUAUGUCGAAAUAAUUCAAGCCUCCAUUUAAUGGAUGCUCUUAAACACUUGAUCGAACUCGGCAUCGACAUAAACGCAAAUGACAACGAUGGAUAUCAUGCGUUUCAUCUUUUGUGUCGAUAUAAUUCAAGUCCACACUUGAUCGAUGCGAUAAAACUCUUGAUCGAAAUGGGCAUCGACAAAAACGGAAAAAACAAAGACGGAUGGAAUCCACUUCUUCUUUUGUGCAGAUACAAUUCAAGCCCACACUUAAAUGAUGCGAUUAAACUCUUGAUCGAACUCGGUGUCGACAAAGACGCAAAAACCAGCUAUGGAUCGAAUGCGCUUCAUCUUUUGUGUCGAAACAAUUCAACCCCACACUUAAUCGAUGCGAUUAAACUCUUGAUCGAACUCGGGAUAGACAAAGGAGCAAAGAACAACAAUGGAACCAAUGUGCUUCAUCUUUUGUGUUUAAACAAUUCAAGCCCACAAUUGAUUGAUGCGAUUAAACUUUUGAUCGAACUCGGUAUCGACGAAAACGGAAAAAACAAAGACGGAUGGAAUGCGCUUCAUCUUUUGUGUGAAAGCAAUUCAAGCCCACACUUAAUCGAUGCGAUUAAACUUUUGAUCGAACUCGGGAUAGACAUAAACGGGAAAAACAACGACGGAUGGAAUGCGCUUCAUCUCUUGUGUCGAUACAAUUCAAGCCCACACUUAACCGAUGCGAUAGAACUCUUGAUCGAACUCGGUAUCGACGAAAUCGAAAAAAACAAAGACGGAUGGAAUGCGCUUCAUCUUUUGUGCUGUAACAAUUCAAGCCCACACUUAAUCGAUGCAAUUAAACUCUUGAUCGAACUCGGUAUCGACAAAAACGCAAAAAACAACGCUGGAUCUAACGCGUUUCUUGUUUUGUGUCGAAACAAUUCAAGCCCACAUUUAAUCGAUGCGAUUAAACUUUUGAUCGAACUCGGGAUCGACAAAGGCGCAAAAACGAACACUGGAUGCGCGCUUCAUGUUUUGUGUCGAAACAAUUCAACCCCACAUUUAAUCGAUGCGAUUAAACUUUUGAUCGAACUCGGGAUCGACAUAAACGAGAAAAACCAAGACGGAUGGAAUGCGCUUCAUUAUUUGUGUCGGCACAAUUCAAACCCACACUUAAUCGAUACUAUUAAACUCAUGAUCGAAAUGGGCAUCGACAAAACCGGAAAAAACAAAGACGGAUGGAAUGCGCUUCUUCUUUUGUGUAGAUACAAUUCAAGCCCAAACUUAAUUGAUGCGAUUAAACUCUUGAUCGAACUUGGUGUCGACAAAGGCGCAAAAACGAACACUGGAUGCAACGCGCUUCAUGUUUUGUGUCGAAACAAUUCAACCCCACAUUUAAUCGAUGCGAUUAAACUUUUGAUCGAACUCGGGAUUGACAUAAACGAGAAAAACCAAGACGGAUGGAAUGCGCUUCAUUAUUUAUGUCGGCACAAUUCAAACCCACACUUAAUCGAUGCUAUUAAACUCUUGAUCGAAGUUGGUAUCGACAUAAACGGAAAAAACAAUGGCGGAUGGAAUGCGCUUCAUCUUCUUUGCCGAUACAAUUCAACCCCACACUUAAUUGAUGCAAUUAAACUUUUGAUCGAUAUCGGCUUCGACACAAACGCAAAAACGAACGCUGGACGCAAUGCACUGAAUCUUUUGUGUAUUCACAAUUCGAGCCCACAAUUCAUCGAUGCGAUUAAACUAUUGAUCAAACUCGGCAUCGACAAAAACGCAAGAACAAACUUUGCAUCUGAUGCGUUUCAUCUUUUGUGUCAAAAAAAUUCAAGGAAGCGAUUAAACGAUGUGAUUAAACUCUUGAUCGAACUCUCCAACAACGAAAACGAAAAAAACAAAGACAGAUGGAAUCCGCUUCAUCAUUUGUGUCGAUACAAUUCAAGCCCACACUUAACCGAUGCGAUAGAACUCUUGAUCGAACUCGGUAUCGACGAAAUCGAAAAAAACAACGACGGAUGGAAUGCGCUUCAUCUCUUGUGUCGAUACAAUUCAAGCCCACACUUAAUUGAUGCGAUUAAACUCUUGAUCGAACUCGGUGUCGACAAAGACGCAAAAACGAACACUGGAUGCAACGCGCUUCAUCUUUUGUGUUCUAACAGUUCCAGUCAACACUUAAUCGAUGCGAUUAAACUCUUGAUCGAACUCGGCAUCGACAAAUCCGCAGAGGAGGACAAGGGAUGGAAUGCGCUUCAUGUUUUGUGUCGAUACAAUUCAAGCCCACACUUAAUUGAUGCAAUUAAACUCUUGAUCGAAUUCGGCAUCGACAAGGACGCAAAGGAGAACAAGGGAUUUAAUGCGCUUCAUCUUUUGUGUCGAAACAAUUCAAGCCCACACUUAAUUGAUGCAAUUAAACUCUUGAUCGAAUUCGGCAUCGACAUAAACGUAAAGAACAACGAUGAAUGGAAUGCGCUUCAUUUUUUGUGUCGAAACAAUUCAGGCCCACACUUAAUUGAUGCAAUUAAACUCUUGAUCGAAUUCGGCAUCGACAAGGACGCAAAGGAGAACAAGGGAUUUUAUGCGCUUCAUCUUUUGUGUCGAAACAAUUCAGGCCCACACUUAAUUGAUGCGAUUAAACUCUUGAUCGAACUUGGUGUCGACAAAGAGGCAAAAACGAAUACUGGAUGCAACGCGCUUCAUCUUUUAUGUUCUAACAGUUCAAGCCCACACUUAAUCGAUGCGAUUAAACUCUUUAUCGAACUCGGCAUCGACAUAAACGUAAAGAACAACGAUGAAUGGAAUGCGCUUCAUUUUUUGUGUUCUAACAAUGCGAGCCUACACUUAGUCGAUGCGAUUAAACUUUUGAUCGAAUUCGGGAUCGACAAAAACGCAAGUACCAACGCUGGAUCCAGUGCAUUACUUCUAUUAUGCCGAAACAAUUCAGGCCCACAGCUGAUCGAUGCAAUCAAACUCUUGAUCGAAGUUGGUUUCGACAAAAACGAAAAAAACAAAGACGGAUGGAAUGCGCUUCAUCUUCUUUGUCGAUACAACUCUAGCCCAUACUUGAUCGGUGCAAUUACAUUUUUGAUCGAACUCGGCGUCGACAUAAACGCUAAAACAAACGCUGGAUACAAUGCGCUUCAUCUUUUGUGUGUAAACAAUUCAAGCCCACACUUAAUCGAGGCAAUUAAUCUCUUGAUUGAACUCGGUAUCGACAAAAACGUAAAAAACAACAAGGGAUGCAAUGCGCUUCAUCUUUUGUGUUGUAACAAUUCAACCCCACACUUAAUCGAUGCGAUUAAUCUCUUGAUCGAUCUCGGCAUCGACAAAAACGCAAAAACCAACGAUGGAAUGAAUGCACUUCAUCUUUUGUGUGAUGACAAUACAAGCCCACACUUAAUCGAUGCAAUUAAUCUCUUGAUUGAACUCGGUGUCGACAAGGACGCAAAGGACCAAGAUGGAUGGAAUGCGCUUCAUCUUUUGUGUUUUAACAAUUCAAGCCAACACUUGAUAGAUGCAAUUACACUCUUGAUCAAACUCAUCGACAAAAACGCAAAAACCAACAACGGAUGGAAUGCGCUUCAUCUUUUGUGUUAUGACAAUUCAAGCCCACACUUAAUCGAUGUGAUUAAACGCUUGAUUGAAUUCGGCAUUGACAUAAACGCAACAACCGACGGGGGAUGGAACGCGCUUCAUGUUUUGUGUCGAUUCAAUUCAAGCCCACAAUUAAUCGAUGCGAUUAAUCUCUUGAUUGAACUCGGUAUUGACAAAAAUGCAACAACCAACGGGGGGUGGAAUGCGCUUCAUAUUAUGUGUCGAUUCAGUUUAAGCCCACACUUAGUCGAUGCAAUUAAACUCAUGAUCGAACUUGGCUUCGACAAAAAUGUGAAGACCUCUUUCUCUAGAUCAAAUGCACUCCAUUUGAGUCGGAGCAAUCCAGUUCUUAGAAACUGCAACGUAGACGAAAUCUUUAGUACCGGAUGUGGUGCAAUUACAACGAUAUUAAGGCCUGUUUCUCUUGUGAACACAAGAGAAACAGGCAAAGAAAACGUUACGUUGCAAUAAACGAGACUUGAUAAAAUACGGUUAACUGCAUAAACUGAUCAAUCGCAAAGAGUAUAAGUUUCGAACUGAAAUAUCAACGCAUCUAAGUUUAAGUAAUGAUUUAAAUCAAUGGCCGGCUUUAAAACCAAGUUUGCCUGUUUCUUCACCAGGACUCGCUAAAUUCUGCAACAAAUUCUGCAAAAAAAGAAACAAUAAAAAAAAUGAUCAUUUAGUAAAAAAGAACGGCGCUGUAAACAUUUGGCUCAAUAUUAGAGGACAACAAAUGAUUUGCAGAUGAUCCAUUAUUUCUAACACAUUCCCCACUGAAGCAGGCACAUGUUGCAAGCAAUAUCGAUCCAAAAUGUCCAAGUUUCUUACGACGGCCAUGAAUCGAAAAAUAUUAAAAUUGACCAGCGUGCAAGCCUAGUCGAAUGAUCCAGGCUCUGCCUUAGAUGCGACUGUAUUUACCACAGAAAUGUAACAUUUUUCUUUCGUGUCAAUAGACUAUAGUAUUAUUGUCUAAACAAAUUUACGUCAUUGAUUGCAUGACAAAUUCCUUACCUGCGUUUAUGUCCAGCAAAGAAAA